CUAUUAAUAUACACAAUGAUCUGGAUACUUCAAGUAUUGUUCUCACCGCUCCCAACACCAGCAUUGAUCAGUCUUAUUGCAUUUGGAGCUGUCAUGUUCCUGUGGGUGAUAAGCAGGCCAAAACCCAUUUUACCUCCUGUUGACUUGAACAAGCAGUCAAUAGGAAUUGAGGGAGGAGCCAGAAGAGGUGCACUCUUGACAGAUAAUAAUCUGCUUUCUUAUUACUUUGAAGAUGCUAAAACCCUGUAUGAAGUUUUCCAGAGAGGAGUGAGUAUUUCUGGAAAUGGUGAAUGUCUAGGCUACAGGAAACCCAAGCAACCUUAUCAGUGGCUGACAUAUAAACAGGUUUCGGACAGAACUAAAUACCUGGGAUCAGGGCUUCUGCAAAAAGGAUGCCAACCAUCAUCAAACCAAUAUAUUGGCAUUUUUGCUCAGAAUAGGCCAGAGUGGAUAAUUUCAGAGUAUGCCUGCUACACCUACUCAAUGGUUGCUGUUCCACUCUAUGACACUCUGGGACCAGAGGCCAUUGUAUAUAUUGUUAACAAAGCUGAAAUAAGCGUGGUGAUCUGUGACACGCCUGCAAAGACAGAGGUCUUGCUUAAGAACUGUGAGGAAAAAAAGACCUCAUGUCUGAAGAUUAUUGUUCUCAUGGAUCUCUUUGAUAAAGAGCUCCAGGACAGAGGAGCUAAAGUGGGAAUUGAGAUUCUGUCACUGCAGGAGGUUGAGGAGCUGGGAAGAAACAACAUCAGAGAACCAGUUCCUCCUAAGCCUGAAGAUCUUUCUGUUGUGUGUUUUACAAGUGGAACCACAGGUAACCCGAAAGGAGCCAUGCUGACACAUCAGAAUGUUGUUUCAAAUGCUGCUGCCUUCCUUAGAUGCACAGAGAACACAAUUGAGUGUACAAGUUCAGAUGUUGUCAUUUCCUAUCUUCCUUUGGCUCACAUGUUUGAGAGAGUUGUACAGGCUGUGGUAUAUAGCUGUGGAGCAAAAGUAGGCUUCUUCCAAGGAGAUAUCAGGCUGCUAACAGAUGACAUGAAAACCUUGAAGCCAACACUAUUUCCAGUUGUACCAAGACUGCUCAAUAGAAUAUAUGACAAGAUCCAGAGUGGUGCAAACAGCCCACUAAAGAAUUGCCUGUUAAAAUUUGCUGUGUUUAUGAAGAUGGCUGAAAUAAAACAGGGCAUCAUUCGAAAUGACAGCAUUUGGGACAAGCUAGUCUUCAAAGCAGCUCAGGAAGCCAUGGGUGGAAAAGUGCGUAUCAUGGUGACAGGUGCAGCCCCUAUAUCUCCCUCUGUCCUGACAUUUCUUAGAGCAGCAUUAGGUUGUCAGAUCUUUGAAGCUUAUGGCCAGACUGAAUGCUCAGCUGGAUCCACUUUCUCAAUGCCUGGAGACUGGACAACAGGCCAUGUUGGAGCCCCUCUGGCUUGUAAUAUCAUAAAACUAGAUGACGUGGAAGAAAUGAGCUACUUCUCUUCUAACAAUGAAGGCGAGGUCUGCAUUAAAGGACCAAAUGUAUUCAAGGGUUAUCUGAAAGACCCUGAGAAGACAGCAGAAGCAAUUGAUAAAGAUGGCUGGCUCCACACUGGAGACAUAGGGAAAUGGCUGCCAAAUGGAACACUGAAGAUCAUUGAUAGGAAGAAGAAUAUAUUUAAACUUGCACAAGGAGAAUAUAUUGCUCCAGAGAAGAUAGAAAAUGUCUAUAUUGGAAGUGCUCCUGUAGCCCAGGUCUUUGUACAUGGUGAAAGUCUGAGGUCUUUUCUAAUAGGUAUAGUGGUCCCUGAUGCUGAGAUGCUUCCAGAAUUUGCAGCAAAAUUGGGAGUAAAAGGUUCCUUUGAAGAGCUCUGCAAAAACCCUGUGAUGAAGAAAGCUAUUUUAGACGAUAUGAUCAGACUGGGGAGAGAGGCUGGCCUUAAAUCCUUUGAACAAGUUAAAGACUUGUACAUCCACACAGAGUUGUUCUCUGUAGAAAAUGGACUCUUGACACCAACACUGAAGGCAAAGCGAGGAGACCUUGUUAAAUUCUUCCAGAAGGAGAUUGAGGCCCUCUAUUCAUCUACUCAGGAAUAA